UGAAAUUUAACAAAAGAGAUUGCUCGAACAGUAAACACCGUUUAAGGUUGGUGGGUUCCAAUUGGAUUUAAGUAGUAGGCCCAAGUUAGAUAGAAAGGGGACCCAAAAAUACCAAUUUAUUUCAUAUUUCUUCUGUAUUCGCCGGCGAAGACGUGAUCUUGCUUUUCUCCUUUUCCGGCGAACUAAUCUCCGUUCAUUUUACCGGCGAAAUUCAGUUUGAUCAGAGAGAUGCACUAAACCUUGUAAUAUCUGAAGGGGUUAAUCAUCUAAUGCUUUCAACAUCAAGCACUUGCAAUUGUGCCAUAAGUUUUCCGAAAAUGGCAUCUGACUACAAAGGAAAAGCUAUUGUACUUAUGGGUGUCAGCGGAGCUGGAAAAUCAACAAUUGGUGAGAUGCUUGGAAGAGCUGUUCAUGGCUGCUUUCUUGAUGCGGAUGAUUAUCACUCAGAGCCUAACAAAGAGAAGAUGAAGAAUGGGAUACCUCUUUCCGAGGAAGAUCGUGUUCCAUGGCUUGAAGCAUUGCGGAAUACACUGAGAAGAGGAUUAGUUGACAAUGAAACACUGGUUCUUGCUUGCUCAGCUCUGCAAAAGCGGUACAGGGAAAUCCUUAGAUCUGCAGACCCAAAUUAUGAACCAUGUUCUUAUGCAAGUAUUGUUAAAUUCGUGUUGUUGGAUGUUGGGGCUGAAGUGCUUGCCGCUCGGCUGGUCAAGAGAGCAGCUGAGGGAAAGCAUUUCAUGCCUGCAAAGCUCUUGCAGACCCAACUGGAUUUACUUCAGAUUGAUGAAGCAGAAGGGAUACUUAAGGUUGAUGCUACUAUGGAUCCUGACACCAUAUUGAAAACCAUACAAACUUAUGUCAUCUGAUGACAAGUCCACAAGAGAUGGAUUAAAUUGAAAUUGAUGAUGAAUUAUUUUAAAGAAAACUUUGUGAUAAACAGAAUUUUUAUUGUAAUAUAUAUUUUCAUUGCA